AUGGAAACCAUCAAAAAGUCAGAAGAUGUCGGCACGGUCGAUGUAUACACCACCAAAGGCCUCCUAACCAUCGGCCACCGGUACUUAGAUGUGAGGACAGAGGAGGAAUUCAAGAAGAGCCACGUUGAGAAUGCGGUGAAUGUGCCUUACAUGUUCUCCACAUCGGAUGGAAGAGUUAAAAAUCCUGACUUUCUCACUCAAGUGGCUGCAGCCUGCAAAAAAGAAGAUCACUUGGUCGUGGGUUGCAACAGCGGGGGCAGAUCGCUCCGUGCCUGCGUCGACCUUCUCAAUGUGGGGUAUAAGAAUGUGAACAACAUGGAUGGAGGAUACUCUGCUUGGGUUGACAAAGGAUUUGCAGGGGAUAAACCAGCAGAGGAGCUCAAAACUGCUUGCAAAUUCCGACCUUGAAAGGAACAUCAUCUCAGGAGGGCUGGCAAUUCGUGUUUGCAAUUCGUGUCAGUCGGAGUCGGC